GGAAAAAACCUUAAGAAGACAAUCUCCCGUCCGAUCCCGAUUAUUUUAGCCCGGUUUAUUUUAUCAUUAACAUGAUUAAAGGUGGUUUAUGAUAACUUAAGAAGUUUAGUCAACCUUAAUAAAGCUCUGGUGAUAUCUGUAUUACAUACGCUAAUGGGGAUGUGCAUUAUUGCUAGUCAGCGGGUUAAGUUUCUUUAUUGAUUGAAUAUUGUUGAUUGCAUUUUGUAUCAUAUCAGUGCAUAUUGAGGUAGGUGAAUCACAAUGUCGGAAUUUGAACGCAGAGUUUCACGCAAUCUACAGUGCCCUGUUUGUUUCGAGCUGCUUAGUGACCCGAAGCAGUUAUCAUGUACACAUACUUUCUGUAAGAAAUGUCUUAAUGAUAUUCUUAAAUGCUCUUCAACAAAUUCUCUAACAUGUCCCAUCUGUCGAAGCGAAACAUUUGUUAAGGAUGGCAAUGUCUUGAAUCUAAAUACUAAUGUUCCUCUUAAGUCUCUCAUUGAUGAUGUGAGAAAUAGCCAGCAAGUCUGUGAAACGUGCGACUCAAACUCGAGAGCUGUACAUUUCUGCUGUGAGUGCGGUAAGAAAAUGUGUAACACAUGCCUUGAGAAUCACAAAAAAUGGCCCCUUAAUGACAAGCAUAGAGUUGUGAGAGUAGAAGACGUCAGAGAGGGAAGGGUAGUCAUCGAAAAAGAGGUGUACUGCCAAGAACACAAAGCAGAUAAACAAAAACACCUCUGUACUGAUGUGUGUAUCACCUGUAAGAAGUUCAUCUGUUUAAGAUGUAGGUUGCUGAGUCAUGAGAAUAAAGGCCAUAUAGUUCAGAAUACUGAGGAAUACAAUGCUUCUACCGAGACACACAUUGUAUCUCUACAAGCCCAAGGUAAAACGAAGGCUACAACAAUCAAGGAUCACAUGACCUGCAUCAAGGCUCAGAAGAAGCGCGUUACAGAUCACAUUGCCGCCAAAAAGGCUGAAAUCGACAAGAGUUAUCAAGAAUCACUCAAGAAAUUAGAAGAGAGGAAAGCAGCAUUGAUCAAGAUGAAAGCAGCGUUAGACAAGCAGAUAGAUGCUCAGGAAGUGAAACUGUGCAAAAGAUUGGAUGUGAUGAAAGAUGUUGAUGAGAGGUUGGUUACGAGUAUUGAGAGUGCGAGUGUGUUAGCGGGUAAUUGCAUGAAGGCUCCAUUAGAAGGUGAUAUCAUUGUUAUUCGUGAUACAUUGUCUGGUGAGCUGAAGAAUGUACUAGAUAGGGAUGAUCCAGAGAAGAAGCUGGCUACGGAUGUAGCUGAUCGUGCAAAGCAACUGAUAUUCACACCUAACAAUCAAUAUCAAUGUGAUCAGUUGAACAUUGGGGAGGUCAGGUUCGUGAAAUGUGAGUUGGAAUGUGAUGUAGAACUCUCUAAGAAAGACUGUAUGAAUGGCAUGGCUGCUACACCCGAUGGUAGGAUGGCAGUGGGAUACAGCAAUGGAGGAAUCGAUAUCUUCUCUCCUGAAGGUCAGCUGCAGAAGACAGUCCUCAAGGAUGUUGGGAUCAGUAGAGUAGGAUACCUGUCUGAUGGUCGGUGUGUCAUUCUGAAUGACAUAGAUCGCCUCACACUGUACACACAGGAGUAUGAGAAGCUGGAUGUAACGUUUGAUACUCUGAGUAAAGAUGAAGGUGGGUCUGUUAGUCUCACUGUAGACAGUAAUGAUCUGAUCUAUGUCGGCUACUGGAAAGCCACGAAGAUCCAGGUGUUCUCACCGGCAGGUGGGAAGGCGAUCAGGGAGAUACCAUGCGAUGGUUAUGAACCUCGGCAGAUCACUAGUUAUAAUGACGUAUUGAUCAUCAAAUAUGGUAAUACAGUAAGAAUAAUUGAGAAAGAGGGCAAUGUAAAACACAAGGCAGAGGAAUCAAAUGUUUACUCAUACGCUGGUGUGACUCAGAAUAAUUCAAUCCUGGUCGCUUGGGUCAAGUAUGCUGAUGGGUUGGUUAGUAUCGAUGAGUACACCAGCGAGCUCAAACACGUCCAGACUCUCAUCUCUGAUCACAAGAUUGAGAAGCCUAAGAAACGUAACUGGUACUAUAUACAUGAGUUCCGAUCAGGGGAGAUUGCUUUCUGCACUCCUGAUAGACUCUAUAUAUUCAACUAA